AUUCCCGUUGCAGACAUGUGUCGCAUAAUUGACAUAGAGAACAUUCCGGGGCCGCGUCAAGCCAGCGUAUAUAAGGAGGGCUCCAGCAGGUCCUCGGCAUCAGGCAUCACCAGCACAAAGAUGGCGUUUUCUCUCCGUGUUUUGUUCCUCCUUUGCGGGAUCGGUGGAGUGUUGAGCGGGGUGCUGCCCGUGUCCAAAAAGGACAACGUUUGCUGUCCUGAUGGCUGGACUCAGAAGGACGAACACUGUUACAUCUACAAAGAAGAGAGGAGGACUUUUGCCGAUGCGGAGAGGAUCUGUAACGUGAUUGGUGGGAACCUGGCUUCAAUCCGCAACCCUGUAGAAAAUGCGGUCGUUUAUCAGCUGGUUGUGAAAGGUGGUGGAGAUGAAGCCUGGAUUGGACUCCACGAUGCCGUUAAGUCUCGAGACUACCUGUGGACUGAUGGCACCCCCUUCGUCUUUGCCAACUUUGCCUCCGGGACAGCUUCUGGCGCUGAUGACUGCGUGGUGAUUGAAACCACUGGAAACGAUGGGGUAUGGAAAGGAGAGCCGUGCACUGAUGACGAGCCCUACGUUUGCAUCAGAGAGGCCUUCUGUCAUCACUAAUCAGAACCGUCUUAUCUUCUAGAACUGUCCUUUACUCAUCACAAUGAAUGUACUGAGGCAGUGGUAAACUUUAGUGGUGUGCUUGUAUUACUGGGUAUUUUUCUUAUUCUACACUGUUCAGUUGUUGAACGUUCGUCAAAACAAACGGACGGAUCAUCUCUCUACUAAAUAAAGGAACCUGUCUAUAUCAAAA